UCCACAGAGUUAGAGGAGCACUUGAGGAGCUUUGGAGUAAAGGACGGACUGAAGACUCGUGUGUUUAACAGCUGAUUGGCUGCUGCUGCUUCUGUCCCUCUCUCUGAACCUCAGCGCGGAGGAAUCCCUUAAACAACACGAGACUGCUCAAAAUGAACUUGUCGUACUUGGUAGCGUGUGGACUUAUGGUCACCCUGCUUUCAGUCAGGAUUGGAGCGAAACCUUUAACACAGACGCAGCAGAAGUCUCUUAGAAGUUUGCUGGGUGAGGAGCUGGCAGAGUUUCUGGAGUCGGAGGAGAGGGAGAGGCGGCUCGACACGGUGCGCUCUCGGAUACGGUUACUGCGAGAUUUACGCAUGGACACCCGGGCCAGAGGGAUGUGGGCUCGACUCCUUAACGACCAGCCCGCACCCAGGAGACACAACAAGACCGGAACCAAGAAAGCGGGCUCCACGUCGCGGAGCGGCUGCUUCGGACACAAGAUGGACAGGAUAGGAACCAUCAGCGGGAUGGGGUGCUAGGGCUGGAGCGGCGCUGUGACGAUCUCUGGACAAUGAGCUUGGAGAUUUCCGUUUGUUCUCACCUGAGGGAAAAAAGAAAAACUCACCAAGAGACAGAUUUUUGGUACGAGAGUCCCCACGACCAGCAUAAACAAAGACUGACAUGACAAUGCUACAAACCCUUCAUAUAAAUAUAUAUAUAAUAAUAUGCAGGCAUAGACAUACGUGUACACAUACGAGUGGUCGUCACACUCACACAGAUGCAAAGGUGUAAAAACUACAACGUGCAAAGCUUGUAUAUUGUUGCUGCUGCUGUACAUUCAUGUACUUCAUCUUCCCUGCAUAAAUGUAUUUAUGUUUAAAAACUAUUUAUAUGUUUAUAAAAAGAGAUAUUUAUAAAUAUGAGUUUUAUUUAAGUAACAUUUGGAAAUGAAU